AUGGCAAAGUUGCUGGCUUCAGUUGCAGCGCUCGGCUGUGCGCUUUGUGCCUGCGAAGUCCUACGCACAACGUGCAAUGGGCUGCGCUCUUGCGCCUUCUCUCUCCACCUGUUGCCACACUGGCGUUCACGGUCAGCGAUGCGCGCGGAGAAGACCUCAAAGCAGAAGCUGCCUAGAUGGCUCUCGGAGUUGCAAGAUGAAGGAUUGAUGGAAGAGAAGCCAGAUCCCAAUAUGUGCAUCCUACUGGCCUGCGACGCCGCCAAGAGGAGUGAUCUCCCCGCAGCGGAGCAGUGGCUACGCACCGCCGCCAGCUUCGCACCUGCAGCACCUGAGGCCGCAGCCAAUCUUUGGCAGGUCAUUGGGCAAUGUGUUCCGUUGCCUGUAGCCGAGCGAUGGCUGUCCAUCCUCCACAACGCAUCCUCGGGAGCAUCACUUCCCCCGGGGGCCGCAGAAGCGCUGCUCAGAGCUGCCGCACGAGGGUGCAAUCUGGAGGGAGCAGAGAGAUGGUUUCAGGCAUUCCAGCAGCAAGAAGACCAGAAUGCUACGGUGGAUCAGUCCCUGUGCUUGCGGCUCCUCAGCUGCUCCUUGCAGAGUGGCAACACUUCAAUGGCUGAACAGUGGAUCAAGCGAGUAGUUCAGGCCGGUGCCAACGCCUCCGAAAUCACCAUGCGAAUGAUGAAGGACAGCGCUGCGCGCCGUGCCUAUGAAGCGGUGAUCCGGCAAAAGGCGGAGGCCAAGGAUCUGGUCGCAGCACGGACGUGGUACGAUCAAGCCAUUGAUUGCGGUUUAUACCCUUCAACUUUAACCUUCGCCUCACUCUUGGAAGUUGCACUGGAUUUGAGCGAUCAGGAGUCAGCUGAGUGCUUUUAUCAGGGCCUGCUUGCAACUCCAGGCCAGUCGCCUGUCAAAUCCUUCAACAUGCUUUUAGACUACGCCGCCAAGCGACGUGAAGUCGGUUUGAUGGGAGAGUGGUUUAGCAAGAUGUUGGACCUCUCGGUGUCGCCCAAUGCCCAAACCUUAAGCCUCCUCACUGCCACCGCGCUGCGACGGCUCCCGCAGAUUCGGGUGGAGACUUGGUAUCAGCAAGCAGUGGAUGCCGGGUGCCAGCUUGGCCCAGGUGCCUUUAAAGAGCUCUUGGAUGCGGCUCUGAAACGCAACGACGUUCGCGCUGCUGCCUUUUGGUACAACAAGUCGUUGGCUGAUGGCAGUAGCUGGCCUACGGAGGUGUUCAAUCAAUUGCUGUCCAGGGCUGCACAAUUGGAAGGAUAUUCCUUCGCGGCCCGGCUUUUUGCGGACUUGGGCGAUGGGCUGACACCCACUGUGGAGACCUUUAAUUCCAUGAUGUUGGCAGCGGCCAAGAAAGGUGACGCAGCAGCGGCAGAGAUAUGGUAUGCAAGGGCGCAAAGUGCAGGUUGCAUACCUGAUCAGGUCACCUACCAAGCUCUCAUCAAUGCAGCUUCCAAGAAUGGCGAUUUGGCAGCAGCUGAGCGAUGGCUAAGGCAGGCAACAGAUGCCCAGCUGGCGCCCACCUUGACCAUGCUGAACUCGCUGAUGGCGGCGGCCGCACGGGAGGGGGACGUCCAACUGGCAAUCCGCUGGUUUCAGCGAAUGGAAGGGCUGGGCCUGAAGCCGGAUGUGGUCUCCUACACCACCAUCAUCAGUGCAGCUGCCAAGACUGGCAACUUGUCCCUGGCAGAGACCUGGUUCGAGGCUGCCUUGACAAAUGGGAUUACGCCGAACGUGGUCACGUUCACCUCUUUGAUCGACGCUGCUGUGCGUACUGACGAUGAGGAGGCAGCCAGGCAUUGGUAUGAAUCUGCCCUCGAGGCUGGCGUGCGGCCAUCCAUACGAACUUUCAACACUUUGAUGAGUGGGCCGGCCAGGAAGGGGGACCUCGCGUCGACAGAGAAGUGGUUUCGAACCGCCAGCUUCAGCGGCACCAAGCCAGACCGGGUGACCUACAACACGUUGAUGAACGCCGCGGCUCGUGCAGGUGAUUUGGCUUCAGCUGAGGAGUGGUUCAGGAGCGCGGUGGCGGCGCGCGUGGCUCCCAACGUCGUAAGCUUUACCACCUUGAUCUCUGCAGCCGCCGACCUGAACUGCAUAGGCGAGGCGGAGGCCUGGUUUCAGAGAGCUGCUGACGCCGGGAUCCGGCCCAACGUGGCCAUGUACAAUGCUAUGCUGAGCGCCGCGGCCAAGGAUGCACCUUCCUCUGCGGAGAAGUGGUUCCAGCAGAUGGAGAAGGAUGGCGUCCUUGCGGAUGCCUGGAGCUUCAGCAUCUUAAUGGAUGCCUCGGCUAAGCAGGGGGAUUUGGAGCAAGCAGAUGUUUGGCUUCAACAGGCUGAACGUGCAGGUCAGAAGCACGAUGCUGUAACCUUCCGAACCUUGCUCAACGCUGCUGCCAAGCAAGGCGACAUGGAGGCUGCUGAAAAGUGGUAUUCCAAGGCUGUGAAGCUCAAUCGCCAGCUUGACACCAACACGUUCAAUAGCUUGCUGCAAGCUGCCAUUAGAUGCAGUGGCAUCGGCGAGAUCCGCCGCUGGUAUGAUCGACUCCUACAAGCAGGCUGUGCGCCAGACGAGCAGACCUUCAGUAUCUCCGUUUUCUCGGCCGCACGCGCACGGAACUUCAGCAUGAUGGGCGAGUGGCUCAGGGAGGCAGCUAGUCAAGGCUUUGAGCCUGAGCAGAUUGCACGCAGCGUCAUGGCCAAGGAGGUUGCCCAACGUGCCUUCCGUGCUGUCAUCCGGAAGGCGGCUGACGAUGGUGACCCGAAAUUGGCAGAAGAGUGGGCCCAGCGUGCGAGGCAAAGUGGAAUGGAUGACGGACUCGGAGUGGACGUGGCGCUGUGGGAUCGUUUGGAGUGCAAGUCGUCAGCCUCACGUCUUCGACAUUGCCAAGACGAAGCAGCAGAGGGAGCCUCGAAGGAGGAGCGAUUCAUUCAGCAGAACUCCCAAUUUUCUCCCACACAGCCAUCCAACCAAUGCCAGGAGACUGAGAACGACAAGAUCCCCUGGCAGGCCUGA